AUGACGAGACUCACCGUCGACAACAUCAACCCCAAUGUCCGGCGGGCCGAGUACGCGGUGCGCGGCGAGCUCGCCGUCAAGUCGGAGGAGUUCCGCGCGCGCCUGGGCAAGGGCGACGACAGCCUCCCGUUCGAGCAGGUCAUCUCGGCAAACAUCGGCAACCCGCAGCAGCUCGACCAGAAGCCCAUCACCUUCUUCCGCCAGGUCUGCAGCCUGCUCGAGAACCCGGAGCUGCUCAAGAACGAGGAUGUCCUGAUCAACGGCCUCGGCUACAAGACCGACGUCAUUGAGCGCGCCAAGUGGCUGCUCAAGCAGGUCGGCUCCGUGGGCGCCUACAGCGCCAGCACGGGCGUGCCCGCCAUCAAGGAGAGCAUUGCCAAGUUCCUCGAACGCCGCGAUGGGUUCCCCGCCGACCCUGCUCACAUCUACCUCUCCGCCGGCGCCUCGUCUGGUGUCAACACCCUCCUCAACGUCAUCAGCGCCGACAAGUCCACCGGCAUCCUGAUCCCCAUUCCUCAAUACCCCCUCUACACCGCCACGCUCGCGCUCCUCAACGCCACCUGCGUCCCGUACAACCUGGACGAGUCCAAGGCCUGGGGCACCGACCUCGACACCAUCAAGAAGUCCUACGAGAAGGCCAAGGCCGAGGGCAUCGACGUCCGCUGCAUCGUCAUCAUCAACCCCGGCAACCCCACCGGCGCCUCUCUGUCCGAGGAGGAUGUCCGCGCCGUCCUCGACUUCGCCGCCCAGGAGAACCUGGUCGUCAUGGCCGACGAGGUGUACCAGACCAACGUCUUCGUGGGCAAGUUCCACAGCUUCAAGGGUGUCCUGCGCCAGAUGCAAAAGGAGAACCCCGGCAAGUAUGACUCCUUGGAACUUGCUUCACUCCACAGCAUCUCCAAGGGCAUGGUUGGCGAGUGCGGUCACCGCGGCGGCUACUUCGAGCUUGUUGGCUUCAACCCCGAGGUCGAGGCCAACAUCUACAAGUUCGUCUCCAUCAUGCUCUGUGCGCCCGUCAUCGGCCAGUGCCUCGUCGAGCUCAUGGUCAACCCUCCCAAGCAGGGUGAGCCCUCGUACGAGCUGUACAACAAGGAGUACACCGGGAUCCACGAGGGUCUCCGCGAGCGCGCCACCGCCCUGCACAAGGCCUUUUCCCAGAUGGAGGGCGUUGAGUGCGCGGAGCCCCAAGGCGCCAUGUACCUCUUCCCCACCAUCCGCCUCCCCAAGAAGGCCGUCGACGCGGCCGCCGCCGAGGGCCGCCAGCCCGACGAGCUUUACGCCAUGCAGCUCCUCGAGGCCACCGGCAUCUGCGUCAUUCCCGGAUCUGGCUUCGGACAGGCCGAGGGCACCCUGCAUUUCCGCACGACGUUCCUGGCGCCCGGCACGGAGUGGGUGGGCAGCAUCGUCAAGUUCCACCAAGACUUUAUGGACAAGUACAGGUAA